AUGCCAGCAACACUUCAAAAUACAAUCGCAUCCAUCCGUAAUGUGGUCGGCUGGUUCGGAGAACCUGAGACUUUCCGUACACUGAGCUCGGUUUGCGCGAAUGGGCAGGCUAAGUUCAAGACAAAGAUCGCGACGAUACGAGGACCCGAGGGCGGCACCAUUGAUGGAGGGUUCAUCGUCGACCCCCCCUCCGACUUCCCAGCUGUUGAAAUCAGAGGUACCGAGCAUUGGUCACUUGAGCAGAGGACUAAUUCCAUCCCGUUAAGACUGUACCGAUUCGAUGUCAAGACCAGCAUCACGAGGCCAACCCAGUGGGCUCAUUUCUAUAUCGUCAUGAUGCCCGCAAUUCCACAUUUCCUGUGUAUCGUCCCCCUGCGAAGCUACCAAGGUCUUUCCUGGGUACAAACUCGUCUCAACAGAACCAAAGAAUCCAGCCAAGCUUCCGGAACUUGGAGAGCCAAUGUUAGCUAUGCUCUCCUUGCCCCAUUCGCUGUCCACGAAGACGACGUGUAUGAAGCCAUCCUGAGGAUCAACACUGCGGCUGAAACCAAAUCAUGGUACACGAACCCCACCAAUCAUAUCGUGUUCUCUGGUUGGCACGUACCGGCUCCGGAUACGACAGUAGACGGUAUCUUCCAGUUUUCCCGCAAUAACUCCGACACUCGGACGUCGAGAGAAACGAUCCAGCGUUUAGCCAAUUUCUUAGAGCGAUGUCCUGAGACUCAGAUGAGCGUCAUUCCAAAUCCGACGGAACCGUUGGUAGCUGACUUCAUCCUCCGAGACCACAAGGAAGGAGUCGAAUAUCUGAUCGAGCACAAAACUUACGGCCCCACAUCGGGGAAAUCGCUUAGCUGGUGUGCCGCAGAAGAACUACAACCGAUCUACAAUUGGCACUUCCGUAUCAAUCAGCUUGAGGAUGAUUUGAUGAUUCAUACGAGACUCAAAGCCGAUGAAGACCAGGCCACGCAUUCGACACCGCCUGCGAGGAUCAAUUUGACCUCAACGGAUGCACCCGAAAAGUUCGCCAAAACCAUCAGAGAGUAUGGAAAGAUUGCUAAGAUCAGGAUCCGUGACAAGUGGAAAAACACCACGCUCUAUGACGACAAUGUUCCAGACAAGAGCGUCCCCAACGAUAUCAUAGAGAAUGAUAUUUCAGAAGACACAGCAAAUACAGACCUCCGAGAAUUUGCAGACGCAUUCAGUACCAAACUCAACAACCAGUGCUGGAAGCUUGGCCAACACGUCUGCAUCCCGCUGUCAGAUCAUCCAACCGCCGAUGCAGUGUUCAUAGAACACAAGUGGAGGGGCGAAGACCGAAGAAACUUCGAAUGUAGUGGUAUCCUUCCUGUUUCGCUCUUUCAGAAGUCACCUAGUGGGCCCAGAUGCAUCCUACUCAAACUCCUGCCACACAACGUAAGCGCCCAGUCUCGCGACGUACCCACCUCAACCCUUCUUGAACUCGCAAAUUCCUCAAGGGUUAUCAUACCAGCUUGUGGAGCACAGGAUUUCCUAUAUGUAGCCUCGACUGGCGGCAUACCUGAGAGAAGCGAAGCGCUUUGUAUCGACCGGGUCGUUCUGCUACGGUCAGACCACACUGCCAUGAUAGACGAGUCGCAUUCAUGCGGUACUUGCGAUACUGGAGAUAAUGAAAGAGGCUGGUCAUACAAGACGCAAUGGCUGGUUGGAAACGAGCUUGGUCGCGACACAGGACCUCUCAUCGCAAAGCCAUUCCUCAACUCCACCGCGUGUCCUGAUCUAAGUAUAUUUAGCCUACCCGGAGGAGAAGUUCACGAGUUUUUAUGCACGUUGUUCGAGAAGGGAGAAUUCGUUGUAGAUCUCAACGGCCCAACUGGCUUGUUGCAGACGCAGUGGAACCAUGGAACCUCAUUGAAGGUCGAGAGAAGAGGUCGAAAUGACUGGUAA